AUGGGUUUAAGAGAUAUUGGAGCCACACUGCCACCAGGGUUUAGGUUUUACCCAAGUGAUGAAGAGUUGGUUUGCCACUAUCUUUACAAGAAGAUAGCUAAUGAAGAUGUUCUCAAGGGAACUUUAGUCGAGAUUGAUCUUCAUACUUGUGAGCCAUGGCAGCUUCCUGAGACAGCGAAACUCAAUUCAAGUGAGUGGUAUUUCUUCAGCUUUCGCGAUCGCAAGUAUGCAACAGGAUACCGUACUAACCGAGCCACAACAUCCGGAUAUUGGAAGGCUACCGGAAAAGAUAGGACCGUUGUGGAUCCGAGAAGUGGUGUUAUCAUAGGGAUGAGGAAGACGUUAGUGUUCUACAAGAAUCGAGCGCCAAAUGGGGUUAAAACUGGUUGGAUAAUGCACGAAUUUCGCCUCGAGAACCCUCAUAUUCCUCCCAAGGAAGACUGGGUUUUAUGUAGAGUAUUUUACAAAGCAAAGGGGGACAAUAGCAACGAACAUAGCCCACAACACAUGUAUCACAACACUGCAAGUCAUGAUGGUGUCACCUCACCAAAUCUUGGUACAUCUCCGACCACCAUCUCCACCGGUUGCCAACCACCACCUUGUAUCCACCACCACCACCACCCCCCCUUCACCACCACAAACUCCUCCACCACCCUCUCGAAUCAAACACCAACACCACCCAUCCACCACCAAAAUUAUUUCGGCAUAUCGCCACAACAAUACAACCAUCAAAAUCUUCUCCAACUAUCUCAAGACGCCACCUUGAAGGAAUCGACGGACCAAAUGUUUAUGAGCUCGAAUAAUAAAUGCGACGAUCAAUAUGGUUUCUUUUACGAUAUGGUUUUCGAAGACUAUGUCCCUUCCCAUAAUCUACAAGACAUGGAAUUGGACGAUGAUGAUAAUGACAAUGGUAUAGUGUUCUACGAGUAG